AAUUUUCAUGAAGAUCUCAUGAAAUAUAUGGCCUCUAGAGAGGUCACAAGGUUUUUCUAUUUUUAGACCUACUGACCUAGUUUUUGAAGGCACGUGACCCAGUUUCGAACUUGACCUAGAAAUCAUCAAGGUGAACAUUCUGACCAAUUUUCAUGAAGAUCUUGUGAAAUAUAUGGCCUCUAGAGAGGUCACAAGGUUUUUCUAUUUUUAGACCUACUGACCUAGUUUUUGAAGGCACGUGACCCAGUUUCAAACUUGACCUAGAUAUCAUCAAGGUGAACAUUCUGACCAACUUUCAUAAAGAUCCAAUGAAAAUUGUGACCUCUAGAGUGGUCACAAGCAAAAGUUUACGGACGGACGGACGGACGCACGCACGGACAGACGGACGACGGACACCGGGCGAUCACAAAAGCUCACCUUGUCACUUUGUGACAGGUGAGCUAAAAAAGCUGCAAUUCAUGAAAAACACUGUUACAGGUUACGUGGAAUGUCAAAUUCUAUAAUUCAGCUUCAGUUCUUUAUAUAUCGGGAAAUCCCUGAAUUUUAUUAUUAAGAAGUUUUGCUACAGAUGUAAGAAUUCAUUUUAAAGGAUGUUACAAUAGUUCAAAAUGGCAGAAACAAACAUUUGUUUCUGUGCAGCCUAUUCAGAUACAUAUUUUUUUGAAAAAGGAAGUUUCAUUACCAAAACUACCUGACUAUAACAAGGAUUUUAAGAUAUAGAGAAACUACGGUAUGUGUAUGACUCAAGAGGUAUUAACAAGGCAUGUGUAAUGAACAACUCAACAAUCUUUGGAUUUCCAUAACUGUUUCUAGCCACAGAUGAAGUGUCUUCUGGUCUUCACCACAUUUCAUUCUAGGUAAUAAUAAACACUCUGGAUUAUAAAGGAUGACUUUACUGUAAAGAAGUUCUCCUCCCAGAAAUGUCAUGAUGAAACAUCUACAUGCCUAAUUACAGCCGAGAUUAUACCAUUAACAAACUUUGGGACAGCAAACAGAAAAGUGAUUGCUAAACUAACUUUCAGCGAAGCCUACAAAACUUAAAGUGAAUUCAAGAAGAUCAACAAACUACAAGCUGAAAGUCGAGCUUCACCCUGAAAACCAUUCUGGAAAUAUAAUGGCACACAACAACCAGAUUACGUAUCAGUUCAGACCUGAAACCGCUAAUACAGGUAUUAUAGUGGUAUGUAAUGGAAAAGUUAGAAGUUGCCACAAUCAACAAUAAAUUUCUCUCAAGCUUGUACUCUAAACCUGUAGCUGAAGCAUCAUGGUAAAGGACCGUCUUGCAGAGUUACAGGCGAAACAUGCAGAAUUUUGCCAGGCCGAUGAAAAGACGGAAAUAGAUAAAAGUGUCGCUCACUUCUCAAAUUUGGAAAUUCAACUAGAUUUGUGUCUUCACAAGGUGACACAAAUUAGCAAGAAAAUAAGAGCAGUUAAUAAUGAUGUAGAACAAAUGAAAGCACUGCAGAAAGACAUCCUAUCAAAUCCUUUAGAGGAUCAUAAAGAGGUAAUAAGACUCGAGAAAACAUCGGAUCAAAUAUUUAAUGCUGCCUCAACAGUUCAGAAAGAAAUAACUCAGUAUAGACAAGAAGUGGUUGAAAUGCUGAUGCACAAAUCACAUGAAAAAUUAAUCAAGAAUCACCUGAACAAAUUAGAAGUUGACCUAACCAAAGCCAGAAAUAAUUUCCGAGCAGCACAAGUUGAGUAUAUUGAAAAAACACAAAAAUUACACCAGAGGGAGUACAACAUAAUGACAGGACAUGAUGAUCAUGAUGACCCUGAUGAUCCAGAUAAAAUACACACACCCUUACCUGCUGAAUUUCUUGGAAAUUAUUUUGUCGAAGCUGAGAGGAUCAAAAUGGAGCUGCGUGAAAUCAAAGCGCGUGACACACAGAUAAAGAAAAUUGAAGAAAGUGUGACAGAAGUAAACCAACUGUUUAAGGAAGUUAAUGCAUUACUGAUGGAACAAGGGGAGAAGCUUGAUACAAUUGAAAAAUGUGUUGAAAACAGCGUGAAUUAUGUUCAGGAAGCGAAUAUACAACUGAAGCAGGCAAGCAAAUAUCAGGACACUGCUCGAAGGCGAAAGAUAUGUUGCAUUGGCUUCUUAGUCGCCAUACUAGCUACUGUAGGUAUUGUAAUUGCCAUAGUGAUAAUGUUACAGAAUGAUGAAAGUGAAAUGUAGUUUUAUUCAUUAGUAAAUUAUUAACAGUUUAAACCUUUUUAUUUCACAUCAUUGCAAAUGAAGUAAGAAUAAUUUAUGCUAAAAAGAAAUUGCUAUUUAUAAGUUUAUUUUAAACCUAUUUAUUUCAAACAACUGUCAAUGGCUUAAUGGCUGUAACUGUAGUCCUUGUUGCCGCGGUUAUUAUGUUCCGUUACGAUGGAGGUGACAUACAUAAACAAUAAAUUGAAUUUUUUCAUUCCGGAUAACUGAAGAUGAAAUAUAAGCUUGUGUCAACUACACUCACGGACUCAAUGCUAGACUUCUGACCACCCAUUGUAUCUAAGUGUGGAAUUGUGAAAACUAACAAACAUUAAUUUCAUUGUUACCAAUAUAUUAAGAAGGGCUACUUUAAAUUAUAUUUGAGUAUUCUUACGAGUGCAGAUUUAUCAGUAAAAUAAAACACUGUAGGCAGGGAAUUCAGUGUAUGCUGUAUAUUGUGAAUUUAGUAUUAUUUGUGGGACAGUAAUAUUGUAUAUCUGUGAUAGAGAAAAUAGGAAAGUAAACAUUAGAAAGCUAUUUGCUCGUGCACUGAGUUACAGUGAAAUUUUUCAACACAUGUUCAUUUGAACCAAGUUUUAAGGUAGGAUGUAGAAAUGACACUUAAAAAUGAUGACAAGUCUGAAAAUAAGUGUUAUAUAUUGGCAAACUGAUUUUCUCCACUAUUUUCAAAACAACAUUCAUAAUUUAUCAGCCCUGGUCACCUUUUGUCAUAAUCACAUGUCUCAUUUAACAGGCCAAUUGUGCAAUAAAAUAGAUUAACAUCAUGAGUAUUUAACAAUUUUGAUGAACUUGACAUAAUGUUAUGGUCUCAAGACCUUGAUCUUUAAGUCAAAGUCACUACUAAAGUUGAGGGUCUAAAAAUAUGUUACUUAUUAUUAUGAUAAUAAUUGUCUCAGUUUUGUAAAAUUUUGUUUUGCUAUUGACAAUAUUAAUAUAUAAAACUUUUGUUCAUUUAUCGUAACAAAUUCUUUUUUUAAAAAUCUGUUCAUUCACCAAAUUUCACAAGGGACUUAUUUUAGCAUCAUUCACUAUCUAAUAUUCACGAAAGUGCUAUUACUGAAAGAAAACCAGACCAAUUUUGCAAAAAAUUCUAUCUCAUGCAAUAUUGUUAACUCAUUAAUAUUCAUGAGGGACUAAUUUUCAUGGUUUCUGUGGUUGCUUCAGUCCAUGAAAUUAAUUUCUGAAGAAUCAGCAAUUUUUUUGCUUGAUUCUAUUUUUAACUAGAAUGUUUCUGUAGGACACGGGGUGUGCCCCCACUGGUACAUUUGUCACAAAUAAGGGGCAAUAAUUCAAAUGUUUGCAGUCUUAAGCGGGUAUAGCCUCAACAAAAAUUUUAUAUAAAGGUUUCAUUAUUCAAGGCCAUAUACUUUUUGAGUUAUGAGCAUCACAAACAAAAAAUCCACUAUUUUGGAUAUUUCAAGGGCCGUAACUCUGUAAUUUGCGAUAUAAUCUCAAGAACAAAGCCAAGUUUGCAAGAUCACAUCAUGAUAAAGACUCAUGCAAGGUUUCAUGAAUUUACAUCAAAUACUUUUUGAGCUUGGUGUGUCACAAGGUGAAAAUGUGCAUUUUUAACUAUUUCAGGGGCCAUAACUCUGGAAAUAGGGGGCGAAGCCAGAUGAAAAAUAGGAGGUGUGCAAGUUCAUAUCAUGAUUAAGACUCAUGCAACAUGCAAGGAUUCAUCAAUUUAUAUCAAAUACUUUUUGAGCUAUGCGCAUCACAAGGUGAAAAUGUGCAUUUUUGACUAUUUCAGGGGCCAUAACUCUGGAAAUAGGAGGUGGAGCCAGACAAAAAAUAGGUGCGCAUGUUCAUAAUUAUCAUGAUAAAGAGUCGUGCAAGGUUUCAUCAAUUUAUAUCAAAUACCUUUUGAGCUAGGCCCGUCACAAACUUUUUUCAGAUGGACGGACAGACAGGACCAAAUCUAUAUGCCCCCUCCACUGAGUGGUGGGAGCACAAAAAUUUGAAAUCCAAAAUUUUUUUGUCCACAAAAUUAAUAACUUUAAAGUAAGUAAAAUUUAAAAAUAAGUGGUUUUAUCCUUGCAAAACUAUCUGAAUUCACAGUAACUCUACUAUACUGAACAGCAAAAGAAACUAUCCAGUUUUAUGACUGGGAUAUUUUUUAUUUAAAAACUUAAUUUAUAAAUCACUUGUGUUUUUCAUAUCACAUUACACUUGAAGAACUUCACGUGUAAAUUUUUAAAACAAUCAGUCAACAGUGAAGUCAGUAGUCCCACAAUAGCCGUUUUGCACGAAAUUUAUGUGAGCCUGUAAUUAACAAUUUUCUUUGUGAAAUUUUAAUGUCACUGGAAAUAUUGAUAAUUGGCUAACUCGAAAAACAGCAAAAAGUUUAAAAAAUAUUGUUGGUUGCACCGCAUGACUGAAUCAAAUUUAGCGCGAGUCCCCAAUUGGGAUGUUACAAUGCAACUGACGCAUAGAAGAUAUAGUCUUUCAAACGUCUAUUGUGGGACAACAGACUUCAUUGUUGAUUGAUUUUUAAAAAUUUAUCACGUGAAGAUCUUCAAGUGUAAUUUUGGUAUGAAGAAACAAUUCAAAUUUGAAAAAUUAAUUUUUUAUUUCGAAAUAUACCAGGUAUACAUCUGGAUAGUUUCUUUUGCUUUCAGUAUAUUAACAGACUGACUACAAAACUACAUUAAAACAUCCAUCACUCGAGGUCACAAGGGGAUGAGAAAAAUGCUCUAGUUAUCCUUGGUUUUGAGUGAUUCAUACAUAGAAAAUAUAAGAAAAUAGCAAUGUAUCACUUAAAUUACUGUGGCUAGCUUGGGUCCUCAAGCCAUUAAUGCCCAACUGAACAGUAUUUCACAAUAACACCAGUCUUACAACCAUAUCCUGACUGAGUUGAAACUUUUAAACUAUACAUAUUGGUUUAGUAAAUUGAUGGCAUCAUUUCCAGAAAAUAUUAUUAUCUUUACAAAAUGGUACAAAAUUUGUUGUUUUGUUUAUACAUUAUUUUUAAAAGUACCUUAACCUUUUUGAAACUUACUGGUAUAAAUAGCAUUUGUGACUAGCAAUUAAUUUACUGAAAAGGCAUUACUAUUGCUUGGUUGUUUGUCAUUAGCAAUAUCACUUUUCAUGUCAUUUAAAAUAUACUAUAAAUUAUGUGUAUUUGUCUAUAUAUCUAUAAAAGCAACCUUUUUGGUCACAUGGUUUAUUUCUUACUUUUAUAUUAUAACCUUUGCUCAAAAUAUAUAUGACAGCUUCAUAAUGACUUCCCCCAUAAUCACAUUUUUCAAACCAGUUGUUUCAAUAUUUAUCAUAGUAUGUUGUGCUUGUUGUAUUUUUAAAAAAUAAAAACUACAUAGAAUUUCUAGCUUUAAUUGUUUUGUAUUGAUAUCAACAGAUAAUUUAUUAACAAGAAUGUAUCUAAAAGUUUGAAAUAAAAUAAU